UUAACGUCCAUUGGCAGGAUUUAUUGCUCAAGCAUCUUCACCCAUUUACAAUUGCAAAGGUAUAAAUAUCAGGAAAGGGAAUGUCAGUGUCAUACUGCAAUUGCAUCUUCAAACAGCAUCAUGCAGCUUGCGGUAUUGGUGCUUUUUUGCGUCUGGGCAACAGAAGCUGCUCAAUUAACCGGAAACGAGCAAAUUCCCAUCAUCAGUCAAGACCAAGAAGUCAAUUUCGAUGGCUCCUACCGGUCGUCCUACGAAACCGGUAAUGGCAUCRCUGCUCAAGAACAAGGCGUUUUGAAAAAUGCCGGCAAUCCCGAUGCCGAAGCUGAGGAGGUUCAAGGUUCUUAUCAAUAUACCGCACCCGAUGGCUCGCCGAUUGCUCUGCAGUACAUCGCGAAUGAGAAUGGGUUUCAGCCUCAAGGUUCGCAUUUACCUAUCGCUCCGACGCCUCCGCCUAUUCCCAUAGCGAUCCAAAGGGCCUUGGAGUGGAUAGCUGCACAUCCUGAGCCCCCAGAAGGAACCAAGAGAUUCUAAGCGUUUUUAGUUUUACGAGUUUUGUUACGUUGCCUGCGAUAAAAUAUGUGCUGUAAAAGUUGUGCCAUUAAAUGUAAUAUAUGCACGGUC